AUGGUUCAAGGAAGCGUUCGACCAGAGCUUGUCCUGCGGGCGACUGACUGGGAUAUGAAGGUAACCGGAGCAGGUUCAAUAACUGUGUUGGUGUUACCACCCGACUCCGUUGAAGCACUUGCAGCACCACCCGCCGGUUCCUCUCUUGACUUUGACGCGCAACGUUCGCGGAGCGUGGGAAAGGUCACGACUGGCGCGCGCGCGCGGCCUCGCGGCUAUGCCGGAACUCUCGGAUCCGCCGGAUAA